UUAAUAUAAGGCGCUGGACACAACGCUCUGAUUGCCAGUAGUAAACGAGCAUUUAACGGUUUCACUAUUAAGUGCUCAAAAAUAAGCACCAUUAGAGCUACGCUAGUGGAAUAAGCGACGACGAGAGCAAAGUAUCAACAUGGCACCAAGGGAUGCAUCAAUAAAUCACAAUACUCUGGGUACUUUAUCCGCUGAGAAUGCCGAUGGCAAUAAUUUGGGUCCAUCUAAGCAAACUGGCGUCUUGUUUGAAUGUGAUGCCGACACGGCCGAUGGAGCGCUGGCCAUUGAUGUGAAUCUACGUAAGCGCGCAGAAAAACGUAAACUAAAAUUGGUUUGGCGAAAUAUAAUUCUCUUCGGAUACCUGCAUGUUGCGGCAUUAUAUGGAGCUUGGCUACUCUUCACCUCUGCGAAAUGGCCAACAGUUUUCUUUUCGAUUUUCCUCUAUUCCAUUGGUGUCUUGGGCAUCACGGCUGGCGCACAUCGUUUGUGGGCCCAUCGCUCUUACAAAGCUAAAUGGCCAUUGCGUCUUAUCUUGAUUGCUUUCAAUACAUGCGCUUUCCAAGACGCUGCCUACCACUGGGCGCGUGAUCACCGCGUGCAUCACAAAUUCUCCGAAACAGAUGCCGAUCCACACAAUGCUACACGCGGCUUCUUCUUCUCGCAUGUUGGCUGGUUGCUAUGCAAGAAACAUCCGGAUGUGAUUGCCAAGGGCAAGAGCUUAGAUUUGACUGAUUUACACGCCGAUCGCAUUUUGAUGUUCCAGUUGAAACACUACAUGUUGUUGAUGCCAUUGGCAUGCUUUAUUCUGCCCACCGUUAUUCCCAUGUACUUUUGGGAUGAGUCCUUCAUUAACUCGUGGUUCGUUGCGACCAUGUUCCGUUGGUGCUUUUUGUUGAACGUCACCUGGUGUGUCAACAGUGCUGCGCAUAAAUUUGGCGGUCGUCCCUAUGAUAAGAACAUUAACCCAUCUGAAAAUCCCGGUGUCGCGCUGUUUGCCUUCGGCGAGGGCUGGCACAAUUACCAUCACGUUUUCCCCUGGGAUUACAAAACCGCCGAAUGGGGCAACUAUUCCAUGAAUUUAACCACGGCUUUCAUUGAUUUCUUUGCUAAAAUCGGUUGGGCAUACGACUUAAAAUCUGUAUCUUCGGAAAUCAUUGAGAAGCGUGUCGCCCGUACUGGUGAUGGCUCACACGAGCUUUGGGGCUAUGGUGACAAGGACAUAACCAAAGAAGAUGAACAAGGCAUUAUUACAAUAAAUAAGAAAUCUGAAUAAUGUGUUAGUUAAUCUACAUAAAAAAUUAUUCAACAUAACUUGUAUGAAUCUGAUAUACAUUUGUCUUACCUGAGCAUAAAACGAAUCUGUCAUUAAGUCAGGGAAAAGCAAAAAGCAAUAAAAAUUAGAAGUGUGAUUAUUGUAAAACCUUUAGUAGUCUGAACUUGCAUAGUCUUUUUACUGUCUUUUGCAAAAUUGUAAAAUGAUGGUUUAUGCAAAUAUCAUUAAACAUACUUAUCAAAGAAAAAUAUACAUUAAGUUCAUUUAUUAAAAAGUAGGAACAUUUAGCUAAAUUUCUGAUAUAUGUACAUAAGACUAUAGAAAUGCUAAUUGGGCACCCGUUCCCUUGCUACCUUGCCACUAAGCGCGAAGAAAUUAAUUUGUGUAGCUCCAAGAGAUAUUGUAUUUAUUAAUUUAUAUUCAUUUUGUACAUACUUACAUAUAAACGUUGCAUAUGAAUGCAUAUUUAGUUAUAUUAAUACAUACGUUUAAUCCUGGAAAAAAAUUUCUUAAUAUGAAUAUACUUACCUAUAUAUACAAACAAAUCAAAAAUAAAUCUCAUUUGCUAUACGUAGUCCAAAAGGGAAAUACCUUUGAUCUUUUUCGCGCUUUGCUUUAAGGACUAUUAGCGAAAUUAUAAGCAAAUGUAAGUAGUAUAUUUUUAAAUACCAGAUUAUACGACUUUA